AUGCUGGAUUCAAAUAUCCAGGCGAGUGCUCAGAAGGCUGUUGUUUCCUUGAAGAAACAUCUUGAAACUCAAAAUUUGCAGCAUGAACCCAUAUAUUUGAUCAUAGAUACAGAGCUUCCUACGUGCAAGCGCAAGGAAUUCACUCCUAGGAUAAUUCCCUUGACCAACCGAAUCGGUAAAGUCUCCAAUAGUAAGAUUUUUCUAAUCACCAAAGAUCCUGUUUCACUCUAUAGAGAACCGCUAGUGGGAAAAGACUCUGCAACCGACAAUGUCUUCACCACCAUAAUCGCUUUUAGAAAGUUCAAAUCCAUAUCUCAUAGUCGCAAAUCCACAGCCAGAGUAUAUCAUGACAACGACUUCAUUCUCAUAGAUCAUAGACUACACAAGUUUCUUCCAGAUCUUCUUCACGGUACCAUUUUUCAAAAAAGUAGUAAGAAGUAUCCAAUUAUGAUCCAGAUGGCCCGACCCUCUGCUGAUGCCAAGUUGACCCAGUCAAAGAAAUCCACCAAAAUGAAAGACGAACGUGUCGAUCCUGAUUAUUUGUUAAGACAGGUAAAGAUGAUCUGCCGAAGUACUACAUUUGUACCUAGUACCGGUAAAUGUCUCUCCAUCGUAGUGGGGUUCUCCGAUAUGAGCAGUGAAAAAUUGGUCCAAAACAUCAAUUCCAUCCUCGAAUAUCUAACCAACGCCAAAUUCCAACCUGUCGGUGGUGUUAUUUCCGGUGGCAUGGCUGGAAUUCUAGAUUUGCAUCUUAAAACCGCUACAACAUGGUUAUUUUAUGUGAUUAAACAAGAUUUUUCAUUCGUUCAUCUUCCCUCGCUCAAUUCAUCCAGAUUGAAAGAACUCUAUUCACAAUCACUCGAAGCUUCGCACUAUCUGGACAAUAAUACAAAUCUAAUUUUACAAGAGGCCCGACUCAAACCGGCCACAAAUUCGUAUGUUAAACCGAGGUUCCCUCUGCAUAGUAAGCAAAUCUCACAUAUUCAUCUUGAAAAUGCAACGCUUCUUAUGCUCUGUCGUAAUUGGGAGCUCCCGGAGGUGUUAAAGUCGAUGCGCUCUAUGGAGGAUAAGUUUAACAGAGAUUAUCAUUACCCGUGGGUAUUCCUCAACGAUGUUAACUUUACAGGUGAUUUUAUUUCGCAAACAACCAACAUGGCUACUGGCCCCACCUCUUAUGGAUUGAUUCCCGAAAACGAUUGGAAUACGCCUGAUUCUAUUAAUAAGACCAGAUAUGCAGAGUGUCUCAAAGACUAUAUUAAAAACGAUGUCAUCUACGGUGGCUCUAGAUCCUAUAGAAACAUGUGCCGUUUCAAUUCGGGAUUCUUCUUUCGUCAAGACUUGUUACUGUCCUAUGAUUACUACUUCCGUGUGGAACCAGGUAUCGAGUAUUUCUGCGAUUUCCAGAUGGAUCCGUUCCGAUUGAUGAAAGAUAAUGGUAAAAAGUACGGAUUCGUCAUCUCAUUACUAGAAUACCCAGAUACCAUUCCCACACUCUGGGAUACAGUGGAAGACUUUUUGCAUGAGCAUCCAGAGUAUCAAAAUACUGAUUCGGCAGUAGACUUCAUCACCACCAAGGAACCCAUAGGCCCCAAGACAGUGGUGUCGACCACUGACUCUCCUUAUAAUAUGUGCCAUUUCUGGUCGAAUUUCGAGAUCGGAGACCUCAAUUUCUUCAGAAGUAAAGAGUACUUGGAUUACUUCAACUAUUUGAGUCAAAAUGGAGGCUUCUACUACGAAAGGUGGGGGGAUGCGCCGGUUCAUUCCAUUGCCGCAUCGUUACUGCUCAAUAAAGACGAAAUCAUGCAUUUCGAAGAUAUAGGUUAUACACAUACACCGUUCUUUACGUUCCCGGACUCUCUUUCGAUGAGAUCGGGUAAACGGUGCCUUGUCCCCGAAGGUGAAAAGAACAUUGACAUCCUUGCGCACAGUUGUCUACCCAGAUGGUGGAGAUACGGAAGCGGUAAGCGGUUCAUGAGGGAAUAUUUCUAUGAGGAGGAAUAUAUAUAA